AACUAGGUCAUAGAAGGCGGUUCGGCUUCCCGCGUAGGACCGGGAAGGAGGCUGUGGAGGCCUUAAGGGCCUCAACUCUAUGGCUCUACGUGGCUAGAAGUGCCCAACUUGGAUUUUUUUUUUUUUAAGGCGGUUCUUGAGGCGACCCGGAAGCGGAAACCGAAGAAAGUUCUAGUGGAUUGAGGUAUCGGCGGGAGCGGCCGGUUGGCGCGAGGAGCCGUUACAGGAACCGGAGCUGCCGAUUGAGCCUGAUCAAGAUGACAACCUCCCAAAAGCACCGAGACUUCGUGGCAGAGCCCAUGGGGGAAAAGCCAGUGGGGAGCCUGGCCGGGAUUGGUGAAGUCCUGGGCAAGAAGCUGGAGGAAAGGGGCUUUGACAAGGCCUAUGUGGUCCUUGGCCAGUUUCUGGUGCUAAAGAAAGAUGAAGACCUCUUCCGGGAGUGGCUGAAGGACACAUGUGGCGCUAAUGCCAAGCAGUCCCGGGACUGCUUUGGUUGCCUCCGAGAGUGGUGUGAUGCCUUCUUGUGAUGCUGUCUGGGGUGCCGUCAAUCCCCAGCCCCAGCAUUGAGUCUUCUGAGUUUGCAGUUGAGUGGGGGGGACUCCUUCCCUGUCCUCUACAAAGGAAAAGAUUGCUGUUGUUGUACUCACCUUCUACGUACUCCAGGGUCUUUUGGGAGUUCUCUCCCAUUGCCAUUUCAACUUUUUUGGAAUUCUCACACUUGCAUGCAUCUCCCUUCCUUCUCCUUACCCUGCCAGUUCUUGGUGACAAUUACCAGCUUUCCUGAGUGAAUUACUGGCCCUUCCUUCACCCCCAUCCUCAUCUCUGGUCUGUUUGGUGCCAUUUGGCUCCUUUUUGGCAGAACAGUCGUCCUUGUAAAGUUUUUUAGAUUAAUAAAGUCAGUGGCCUUCA